ACACAGCGCCUGCGCAAAUCCACGAAGUUAACCCGUCAGCCAUUUUGUUUAUUUUCAUGUGAAUUUACAUUGUGACUUUUGACAAAUUCUGUAGUUGUAAUUAAGAUUCGUGGGCUUAUUACUUACUAGAAAUAUAUAUGGUUGCGUUGUUUCCCCUGGAAACAGGGGGUGAAGAAAUCUGCAGACAUUGGGCGCAUCGCAAGUAAACCCGUCAAACUUGCCGUGUCGGGUAAAAAUCACAGUUCUGAGGAUCGUGUGGCCGCUAGCAUUAAAAAACUUAAAAUUCAUAAUAAUUCUACUAAAAAUAACCAAAUUCUAUCGAACGAUAAUAUGAACCACGUUAUUGAUGCAGUCAAUCAAAACAACGAUGUUGAAGAAAUGGAUACCCAUGAAGUUGAAAAUGAUGCUCCCAAUGACACUAGCGGACUAAUGGACAGCCAAACAAUUAACGGAGAAGUCACAGAACAAACCAUUCAAGACGCAGACAUGGAAGAAGACGAGGCCAGGUCAGAAGCUACUUUCCGCUUCAUUGUUGAGAACUUCAGCAAGUUGAAGGAGUCGCAACUGUCGCCAGCCUGCUACGUCCGUAACCUACCAUGGAAGAUCAUGGUGAUGCCCAGGAUAUCUCCGAUGCAGGAUCGUCAACAGCAGCGGAGUCUUGGAUUCUUUCUGCAGUGUAAUGGAGAAUCGGAAAGUUCAACAUGGAGCUGUUAUGCCAACGCAGAGUUGCGACUGAUUGCACAGCGUGAGGGCGAAGGCAUACAGACCUUCAGUCGAAAAAUCCAACAUCUGUUUUACUGCAAGGAGAAUGACUGGGGAUUCAGCCACUUUCUUGCCUGGAAUGAUGUCCUUGACCCAGAGAAAGGAUACAUCAAAGAUGACACUAUCAUCCUUGAGGUGCACGUAGCUGCCGACGCUCCUCACGGUGUCAGUUGGGACUCCAAGAAACACACAGGUUACGUCGGUCUGAAGAACCAAGGGGCAACAUGUUACAUGAAUUCUCUCCUGCAAACACUCUAUUUCACCAACCAGCUGCGGAAGGCUGUCUACAAGAUGCCCACAGAAAGUGAUGACUCAAGCAAGUCCGUGGCGCUGGCGUUACAACGGGUCUUUCACGAGUUACAGUUCUGCGACAAACCAGUCGGAACCAAGAAACUGACAAAGAGCUUCGGCUGGGAAACGCUCGACUCAUUCAUGCAACACGACGUGCAGGAGUUUUUACGAGUUUUGCUCGAUAAACUGGAAAGCAAAAUGAAAGGGACAUGCGUUGAGGGAACUGUUCCCAAAUUGUUCGAGGGUAAAAUGGUGUCUUUCAUCAAAUGCAAAAACAUUGACUACAAUUCCACCAGGGUUGAAACAUUUUACGACAUUCAACUCAACAUUAAGGGGAAGAAAAAUAUUGCCGAGUCAUUCAGUGACUACGUCAAGGCGGAGGUGUUGGACGGAGACAACAAGUAUGAUGCAGGAGAGCACGGAUUGCAGGACGCAGAGAAGGGAGUGAUAUUUGCUUCAUUCCCUCCCGUGCUGCAUCUGCACCUCAUGAGGUUCCAGUACGACCCCGUCACCGACUGCUCCGUCAAGUUCAAUGACAGGUUUGAGUUUCAAGAUAAGAUCAACCUGAGUGGCUACCUGCAGGCGCCAGAAACCACUCCGGCUGACUAUACUCUCCAUGCGGUGUUGGUCCACAGUGGCGACAAUCACGGUGGUCACUACGUUGUCUUCAUCAACCCCCGCGGUGACGGCAAGUGGUGCAAGUUUGACGAUGACGUGGUGUCACGCUGCUCCAAACAGGAGGCGAUCGACCACAACUACGGUGGGCAGGACGACGAUCUGAACAUGACGGUGAAACACUGUACCAAUGCUUACAUGCUGGUCUACAUACGGGACUCUGAACUGCACAAUGUACUACAGGAGGUUACCGAGACGGACAUACCUGAGGAGCUGUUUACGAGGCUGCAGGAGGAGAAGAAGCUAGAACAGAUGAGGAGGAAGGAGAGGAACGAAGCCCAUCUUUACAUGACUGUUCAAGUCUUACUUGAGGACAGUUUCUGUGGUCACCAAGGCAACGAUCUGUUUGACCCAGACAGAGUCACUUACAAGGUGUUCCGGGUGAAGAAGACAUCUACUCUUCAAGAGCUCAUGGAUCACUUUGCUGAUGCCUUCAAAUACUCCGUAGAGCAGUUGCGGAUAUGGCCGUUUGGCGUCAGGUCAAACCAGACAUGCCGACCAACGCCACUCGACCUCGAGGCUGACCUCCACAAGAAUGUACAGGAUGUCUCAGAGAGUCAGAACCCGUGGAACGUGUUUCUGGAGUGUGUCUCUCCGGACUCUGGACUCUCAGCACUCCCGGCCUUCGACAAGGAUUCAGACGUUCUGUUGUUCUUCAAGAUGUACGACCCAAAGGCCAAGAGGAUCUACUACUGCGGACAUCACUACAUGCCUGUCAUCUCUAAAGUCCAGGAACUAAUCCCGAUGCUGAACGAAAGAGCUGGCUUUCCGCCUGACACGGAACUUUUGUUGUUUGAAGAGAUUAAACCAAAUCUUGUGGAAAGGAUAUCAAAUUAUAACGAACCUUUAGAAAAGGUGUUAGAGGAACUCAUGGACGGUGAUAUCAUAGUUUUCCAAAAGAAGCCGAGAGAAACUCGAAGACAUCCGAAUGCAACAGAGCCAGAAGUCUCUACGUGUAGGGAGUACUUCAGAGACCUGUUCUACCGAGUGGAAGUGACAUUCUGUGAUAAGAUGAUCCCCAAUGACCCCGGGUUUACAAUGGAGCUGUCGAUGAGGAUGAACUAUGAGCAGCUGGUGACGGCCGUUGCACAACGGGUGGGCACUGAUCCCAGUCGACUGCAGUUCUUCAAGACGCAGACGUAUAAGGACGGCCCUGGCAACGCCCUGAGGUGUAACUUUGAAGGGACACUAAAGGAUUUGCUUGUGUACUCCAAGCCUAAAGGAGUCAAGAAAAUCUACUACCAACAGCUUUCAAUACCUGUCUUUGAGUUUGAGAACAAGAGGACGUUUAAGUGUUUCUGGGUUGGACCCAAGAUGAAGGAAGAGAAGGAAUUGACGCUCUACCCGAACAAGAACGCCACUGUCGCGGAAUUGCUCGAGGAAGCCAAGAAAACGGUCGAACUGUCUCCAGAGACUGGCUCAGGCAAGCUUAGGUUAGUGGAAAUAAACGGAAACAAAAUCAGCCUGGGACCCAAAGAAGACAUGUUAUUAGAAACGUUACUAGUACCUCAAAAUACAUCCAAAGUUUAUAGGAUAGAGGAGAUCCCCAAGGAGGAGGUAGAGAUAGGGGAAGACGAGGCACUCAUCCCUGUGGCUCACUUCUACAAGGACGUGUUCUCCACCUUCGGCAUCCCCUUCCUGAUCAAGGUCAAACAGGGUGAACCUUUUUCAGAAGUCAAGGAUAGAAUUGCCAAAAAAUUAGGGAUUCAAGAUAAGGAAUUUGAAAAGUUCAAGUUUGCUAUCGUGUCGCUGGGACGACCACAGUUUAUCAAUGAUGAUCACGAAAGUUUCUGCAUCAAUCUACAAGACUUCAGGCCACACUACAACCAAGGUGGGACGCAGUCCAAACCCUGGCUCGGCUUGGAACACAUCAACAAAGCACCUAAACGCUCCAGAUUCAAUUACCUAGAAAAGGCUAUUAAGAUCUACAAUUGAAGCUACAGAUAUUUUAUUUAUUUCAAUAAAUUAUUAAUUUCUGAUUCUAUAUCUCCUUGUAAUCUGUUGAGGCCUAAGACUUAGUCUUGAUCAAACGUAAGAGUCCAGUUGGUAAAGUUGCAGAUGUAAUAUUUAUUGUUUUUAUCACUGUAAAUCUUUAAACAUACUAUUGUGUUGAAUUAUUUAUCUUAUAGAUCGUUUACUACAGGUUUUAUAUUAAUUAAUGAAUUUAAAAAUAAAUAUUGUCUUAUAGAAUUAUUUGUUGAUUUUAUAAUGGGAAAAUUAUAAAUGCAAAAAUUUUAGCUUUAAUCAACAUUGGAAACAUUUGAAAUGCUAUGGAAUAGUCCAAUUUGUGAAUUAACACUAGUAAUAGUUUUAUUUUUGAGAAUUAUAAUCUACUCGAAUUUGUAUAUUUUUGCAUUUAAUUUGCCAAAUUGCUCAGUACUGUUGUAUAUUUUUAAUGGAAUAGGUAGAAUUUUUUAUUUAACACUGGAUCGCGUACUGUGAUGCGUAUGAAGGAAAUGUAUUAGAGUUUUAAAACUUUUUUAUCAUAAUCGGUUGUUUUCGAGGUUGUUUCAUCCGGCGACGUCGCAUAAGUCUAUUCUGAAUGUUACUGCUUCCUCUACGUUUUGCAGUAUUAAGAUGGCUUCUCUGUAAAUAUGUUGUCCCUGACAGUGCUGUAUAUAGGCAUACGAUCACAGAAGUUUGGACUCAAUAUUAUGUAUAGGUCAUUUUUAAUGGAAUAAACGAGUUAUGACUAUUUCAAA